CACACGUAACACAUAUGAGUUAAGUUAAUAUGAAUUAACUGCAUUUGAAUAUUUGAUAAAAAGAAACCAUUCAACGACGACACUAUUUGCUUAAUAAUAUUAUUUAAGGAUUAAUUUAUACGUCUCUGCACCAUUGGUGAGUUGUUCCCCUCUAAGGGUAUUUCUGCGGAUAUUAUUUAAGUCGAGGUUUCAAAAUGUGGGGAUUUGGAUGGUUGGCUGAGCAAAAUUAGAAUCGUUUAUAGAAGGUGGAUGUAAUUUUGGACAUGAAGUAUUGAAGUCUAUGUGUAGAUUGGACUGAUUGAAGACGAGUGCUAAGAGUGAUUCUUGACGUAGAAAGGGGCACCUUAUAAAAUCAAGCAAAGAGUAGUUGAAAGUUGAAACACUUGAAACUAAGUUGAUUCAAAUGCUUAUUAAAUAUAUUUUUUUAAUUUUUUGUUUAGUUAAAUUAUUAUACUGAAACCAACUAACGGGUAUUGUCUAUAACAUGCCUAGUUCCUAGUGAAUUAUAUACUUCAAUAUGUAUUAUACGUAAGCUUUUUAGUUUUUUAUUUUGUUUCGGCGACGCAUAUGUUUCGUUCAUUCUUUAAAUUAUUUUCAAAACUUUCUAAUUUCUAAAUUUUUUACUUUUUACUAUACAACUAUUUUAAAUUUUCUGGCUACGAUUGUCUGUAGGUUCUAUAACAGUUAGCUCUAAUCGUUACAGUAUUUUUGUAUACAUGUUUCGUACCGUAAGUGAUAAAUGAUAAUGAACGAUAAGAGAAUUCACGAUGAUAAUAUAUUAAUAUCAAAACAAACAUUUAAAGAAAUAAUGAUACAAUUAAAUAAACAAUCGUUUUUUACACAGAAACCGAAUACCUGUAACAUAAAUAAGAGAUAUAUCGUUUUUAAUAUAUACCUAAGUUUCAAUAUUCAAACUUGAGGUAGGGCUGUAGAAGGUCAUUUUUAGGUCUUCUAGGAAUGUCAUAUUCUGCAGACCGUGACCAAUGGUGUUGUCACUACAACAAUUGCUGUGGAUUUUGGAGAAAGUGAACAGUGUCCUUAGCACAGUUGUCCUGAAGCAGUCAUGUCAUUUUUACGUGGAUCCACAAAUUAUGUUUGGUGUACUACAAGUGUGCUUGGAAAGGGUGCAACUGGUGCGGUGUAUCAGGGUGUCAAUAAACACAAUGGUGAACCAGUGGCCGUCAAAACUUUUAAUCAGUUAAGUCACAUGCGGCCUUUAGAUGUUCAAAUGCGUGAGUUUGAGGUACUAGAAAAGGUUAAACAUGAAAACAUAGUAAAGCUGUUAGCUAUUGAAGAAGAACACGAAAGUCGUGGAAAAGUCAUUGUUAUGGAACUAUGUACAGGUGGGAGUUUAUUUACAAUACUAGAUGAUCCAGAAAACACAUAUGGGUUACAGGAAGAUGAGUUUCUAUUAGUUUUAGAACAUCUCACGGCUGGUAUGAAACAUUUACGUGACAAUAAUUUGGUACAUAGAGAUCUAAAACCUGGAAACAUAAUGAAGUUUUUAAGUGAUGAUGGUCUACCUAUUUAUAAAUUAACUGAUUUUGGAGCUGCAAGGGAAUUACAUGAAGAUCAAGAGUUCAUGUCAUUGUAUGGAACUGAGGAAUAUCUUCAUCCACAUAUGUAUGAGAGGGCAGUUUUACGAAAACCAGUAGCAAAGACAUUUGGAGCUACUGUUGAUUUAUGGUCAAUCGGUGUUACAUUGUACCAUGUAGCUACUGGCAAUUUACCAUUUAGACCAUAUGGUGGGCGACGAAACAAAGAAACUAUGCAUUACAUAACAACUGAGAAGGCAUCUGGUGUUUUAUCUGGAGUGCAAACAUCUGAAAAAGGUUCAAUAACGUGGAGUAGAGAAUUACCAAAGAACUGUCAAUUAAGUGAUGGAUGUAAAAAGCUUAUUACUCCUAUUUUAGCUGGUCUUUUAGAAUUAGAAUCUCAGCGAAUAUGGAGUUUCGAAAAAUUUUUUGCUGAAGUUACUAAAACAUUAGAUAGAAGACUACUACAUAUUUUUCAUACCAAUCGUGUUCAAAAUAUACGUGUAUAUUUGCACCCUGAUGAAACAUAUGAAAGACUUCAGUGUUUAAUACAAGAUCAAACUGAAAUAUCUCCCGCUAAUCAAAUACUUUUAUACAAAUCUACAUACCUUUUGACGGAAGUAGGAUUAGACCUUCCUGGUAGGUCUUAUAAGCCAACUGAAAUGCAUAAGCCUAUUUUGCUUUUUAGUAAAGAAAAUAAUAAUGUUACUUUGGUAGCUGAUAGUGAAAUCCCCAAUUUUCCAAAAUUUCCAGAUAUGUCUUUACCAAAACUGACAUCUGUAGACAGUGAUGCAGGACUUGCUAAGACUGCAUGCAGUGUAGGACAUGUUUGUAAAAAACGUGUUGAAAAAUUGUCACAAAACAGUCAACUAAUUAAUAAAUGUGUACACGUAUUUACAAAAAUUGUAACUGAAAAACUGAAAUUUGUAUUAAGUAAAAGUGACCAUUUACAAAGUGUGUUUAAAUGUACAAAAUACCUAGUAGAGAUUUCAGUACGAGGACACAAAAGUGUUAAUAAUAUGAUUGGCAUCAAGAAUAUAUCUACUGAUCUGAAAGAUGAAUUGGACAAAUUAAGUGAUGAAUUGAAUAAUAGUUUAAGUUUGGCAAUACAACAGUUACAUCAGCGAUAUGUCAAAGAAAGAACAUUAACCAGAGAAUGGCAAUCAGCAACCAGAUCAUUUAAAUGUCCAAAUAAAAAUAGAGCGCCUGCAAAAAUAAAAACACUUGUGGAAAGAUUAAGGGAUUCUUGGCAACAUUUGUUAAGAGAUCGUGCUACACGUAGUUUAACAUAUAAUGAUGAACAAUUUCAUGUGUUAGAAAUAAUCAAGAUUACAGAGACUAGUCGUAGAGCUCGGACAUUAUUAGAUACAGAUGUUCAGCCAGUAGUUACACAGUUAGCUGAUUGUAUGGCAGAUUGGUACAAAAUGGCGCAGACUGUCUAUCUGCAGGCACAAAUUUUAGAUAAGGACUUUGAUACAUUUGAGCACCGUUUGCUUGGAUUCAUCGAGCGUGCAAAUGACACAGAUGCAUCAUUUCAUGAUGGUCUUGUAAAUGUUGCUAAGGUAAAAUUCACAUCAAGUGGUGCCAAACAUGCUGGUCGUAUCAGUGCUCAAGAUAUUCAAGCAUUGAGGGCUAGUUUACGAGGUUUACGUGAUAUUGAUGACCUUGUAUCUGAUAUUAAGGGAAAUAAUGAAAUGCUCAAACAUAUAACUGAGCCUAGUAAAUUAUGUGACUGACUUAUUGUUUUUUAAAUACUAAGUAUAUUGUAAAUAACUAAUUUAUACAAUACUUUUAAAUUUUUAGUAAAAAUAUUUUUAUAUAAUCAAAUUAAUAAA